UCUGCAAAUACUUCUGGGAAGGGAGGAAGUCCUGCAAGAUUCUGAAGAAUCGAGAUGCCUUGGAUGGGACUAAUACAUAUGGUGUUGUGUUAGGGUCAUCAACCCGGAAAACCCUUUGGCUAGCGGACAAUGAUGUAGCGUUAUAGUCGGCUUGGCGCCGAGCCGGGCCGCUGACGACGAAGCUAAAGCAACCCGAUCAGCUUUAUACUACAGAUUUUGUUCCCUUCCUUCUUUGCUUCAUAUUCUGCACUCGAAAUCUAUCUGCUCCGAUAUCGAGAUGUCCGCUUCCCCAGGCCCGGAUCCGCGCCUCGAAGGCAGAACUUCAACAUACAAUCGUGAUGAAGUCGUCCGGCUCAUUACAGAAUUCUACCAAUUCCUCGCUUGCAUGCCAUUCAUAGAGCCAGAGGAUAUCCAAUACCCUGCCCCAUCUGGCUGGCCCAACAUUACACCCGAGCGAUUCGCAGCUCUGGACAAGACGGAUGCUGUCAUUGAUCUCCUUGCACAUCUGCCGUAUAUCCGGAAUCACAGUUUUGGUCUAGGUCGUGGAAUGUACUCGACGUGUAUCUGGUUCCAAACUUGCGCCCUCAACUAUGCAGAAGACCCCUUCAAAACUUCUCCUCUCGACCUAGAGAAAAUCGAAUAUCUUAAGCUGCCUGUGCCAGAUAGUGAGCCGGUGGUCGUUCCACCCCACGUGGCAGUAUGGACCGAGCAAGAAGUCCCUCUUGUAGGGCAUAUUUUCAUGAUCGACACAAUGGAUGGAACUAUCACGGAAUAUCCCGAUUGGCGCGAUUGCGGAUGGGCGCAAUAUCCUCAACACGACCCCCGAAGCUGGCGAAAUGAAUAUGACAAGACAAUGCUUCUGUCAGAGUUCUUGGAUGAGAUGAAGCAGGGUUACUUGGAAUUGAGGUGGAUCCCAUAUUGGUUUAGAAAGGUCCCAAAAGUUUACGUGCGUGGCGGCGCUCGCAACGAUCGUGGAAACGGUGACGAAGAGGAGUUGUACAAAAUUAUGAUUGCUCACGGAUGGCCGGAUGAAUUCAGGAGAGAUGAGUGCAAGGCUGCAUUGCUGGCAUGGAGAACACAAAAUGAGGGCGAGUAGGAGCAGGCAUAGUCUAUUGAUUAGUGAUAUGCCACAAAGACUAG